AUGCCGAUCUGGCUGCAACCGCAUUGCGCGAAGCGGAGGAGAGAUCGGCUUCCCCACGCGCUGUUACCGUCAUCGGACUGGCCGACCGUCGCACCGUUACCGGAUUCGAGGAUGACGCCGGUCACCGGUGUCAUCCCCACCGGACAUGACGCUACACGCCCUUCCGAGGCGGAGUCGCCAACCUGUUCGAGGUGCCGUUGGCCCUAUCUCCUCGAUCCCUGCCCAUCACCGCCAGGUCAGCGCGCCGCGGCGCGACGGACCCGCCAUUUUGCUGGAGAUUCUAUGGAACGACCGGCGCAUCUGGGGCGCGACUGCCGCGAUGAUCGUCAACCUGUCGCGGCGGCUGCAAUGGGCAUGAACCCGCCACGCGCCCUGGGCGGAUCGUGGCGACCUGAUCGCGCUUCGCCGCCACGCUGGAGGCGCGAUUCGUCGGCGGUGCCGUGCGCGAUCGUUGCUCGGUCAUGCGGGUGGCUGAUAUCGAUCUGGCCACGCCGCUCUCGCCUGAACGGUGAUCGCGCCGUUGCGCGACAGCGAAGUUCGGCCUGUGCCGACCGGCAUCGCGCACGGCACGAUCACCGCCGUCCUGCUCUGGAUGGCCUGGUCGAGGUCACGACGCUGCGGCGCGACGUAUCGACCGGAUGGCCGCCACGCCGUGGUCGCCUUUACCGAUGA